GUUUGCUCCAUUUUUGACAGUUCGCACACACAUACACAUACUGCACACACGCGGCCACGCAGAUACACCGUGAGACGUGGUCAAUGUAAACGCCAGUCGCUAGAUGCUUCGUCGACACGUAUCGUGAGCUGUGCACCGCCAAGGCGAGCCUUUGCUACGGGCUAUCGGAACGAGCGGAGGAAGGCCAUUCCUGCCCAACCACCAGUGCCGCCCAGAGUGCAACGGAACAGUCGAGGCCAAGGCCAGCGAGGAAAGGCUGCCCGACCCGUCCCUGUGAAAGAAUACGAACGCCAUCGGUGACGAUGUGUGAUGUGUGUACACGACAACAUUUGCUUUCCAUCCGUCGACGCACCGAUCAGUAGCCAAACGGAAGAGCGAGAGAGAGGCCACUGGCCGCAUACGUGUAUUGCCUCCCCUUGCUAAGAGCAUACCCCAGCUCUCCUGUCCGUGCACCUGAAGCCUCCAACUCCCCUCCCCUAGUCAUAGGGGUAAGUGGGUAAAAAUAAACGACGUCUUCUGUGGCCAAACGUUGGUCGUCCUCGCACACGAUGGCGCAGGUGCUGAAGCGUCCGAUCGGUACGCUCGUCAACGGGCUGCGUAGUGUCGGGGGCGGCGGUGGUGGCCGCACCGGCGGCAGCGCACCGCUCCUGCCGGACGGUGGUGGCGGAUACGCCGGACAGGGGGCGGCAGGCGCCCCCGACGGCACCAUGCGCCAAACGCUCACGAUCGUCUUUCUCUGCAUCCUCUGGUACGUGGUGUCGAGCAGCAACAACGUGAUCGGCAAGAUGAUACUGAGCGAGUUCCCCUACCCGAUGACGGUUACGAUGAUACAGCUGACCAGCAUCACCGUGUACAGCGGGCCGUUCUUCAACCUGUGGGGCGUCCGGAAGUACGUCGACAUCUCCUGGCGCUACUACUUCAGCUUUAUCGUGCCGCUGGCGCUGGGGAAAUUUUUGGCCUCCGUCACCUCGCACAUCUCCAUCUGGAAGGUGCCGGUAUCGUACGCCCACACCGUGAAAGCGACGAUGCCACUGUUUACCGUGAUACUGUCGCGCGUGAUCAUGCGCGAGCGGCAAACCAAAGCCGUCUACCUGUCGCUGGUGCCGAUCAUCGUCGGCGUCGGCAUCGCCACGCUCACCGAGCUGUCGUUCGACGUGAUCGGGCUGGUCAGUGCGCUGAUCGCGACGAUGGGCUUCUCGCUGCAGAACAUCUUCUCCAAGAAGGUGCUGAAGGAGACGGGCGUGCACCAUCUCCGCCUGCUGCACAUACUCGGCCGGCUGGCCCUGUUCAUGUUCCUGCCCGUCUGGAUCUACGUCGACAUGUUUAACGUGAUGAAGCAUCCCUCGAUCGUAACGGGUGACUAUCGCGUCAUUGCGCUGCUCUUUACCGACGGCGUGCUGAACUGGCUGCAGAACAUACUGGCGUUCAGCGUGCUGUCGCUGGUGACGCCGCUCACGUACGCGGUGGCGAGCGCCAGCAAGCGCAUCUUCGUCAUCGCCAUCUCGCUGUUUGUGCUGGGCAAUCCGGUCACGUGGGUGAACGUGCUCGGCAUGCUGGUGGCGAUACUGGGCGUGCUGUGCUACAACCGCGCCAAAUACUUUGCCCGCCGGCAGGACACGCUCCUGCCGUACGCGUACGGCGCGAAGGAGGCGGCGGCGACCGGGCCGCCGACCGGUAUCAGCAACGGCACCGCCACCGCCGGGCGGCGCUACCCGUACGCACCGCUGCACAGCAACGGGGGCGUGCCGGUGCCGGACAAUGUGCUGCUCGCCGGGAACGGCACCGUGGCCAGUGGGAUGACAGCGACGGCCCACGGUGCACCGACCAUCCCGAUCAGCGCCUCCUCGAGCGUGAACGGGCCGACCAGCUCGAACGGCAGGCUGCUGUUUGUUUAGGCAAAAGGGCAAAGGGACCUGAACCAAGGGCAAAAUGGCAAGCCGCGCGCGCGCGCGCUUGGGGAAUGGAACAAUGCGCGGUUUAGUACGUUAGUAAUUUAUAUGUCUAGAAAAAAACAAAACGACGCCACCGUUGUGUGCGAGAUGAUCCCAGCGCCGUCUCGUUACUCAACAGUGAACACACACACACGACUGUAAUAUAGACAGACACACACACCUGGACAGGAUGUAUUGGUUUGCCAAUCGGAAAAAAGCAUGCGUGCGAGGACUGAGUAAUUGAAUGUGCAAACGAAAUGAAAGACACGGAAGCAACAUGCUUUCCGCAACAAGAAAAAAAAUAUGCAUGGCUUGUUUGCUCAAAUCCUACCAAGAACGGCUCAAAUCUAGUGCAAAGCGAUGGGUAGGGAAAGAAGGGGAAGAAUCAGAACACGCGAAUAGUAAAAUCAGAACACGGAUCGGAAAGGAUUAUGGUUGGGCGAUGGUAGGGACAGCGAGAACAAGCAAUAAUUUUUCAAGCACAGCAGUAUUUUCGUAACAAACGUUUAGUUUAAUUAUUUUCUUUCGUUUCUUUAAGUUUUCCCCAAUAUGUUCCCCACCUAAUUUUUGUAUCCCCCCGUUUCUGCCAUCCCCACCAAAUGCCGAUUCGAUUAGGGACAGUAGUAGCAAUAUUUCUCACACGCGUUUGCUAUUGUAAUGUACAUAGUUAGGGAAAAGUAUGCUCUUAGCAGCACGAAUCUGUAUCCGUUUUUUUUUCUUUUUUUUGUUCCGGGACGCGAGCACCGCGACCAUGCUUUGUUUGUUUUUCGCAAGGCUCAAUGCUGUUUACCACUUUGUGUAUUAUUUUUCCGUUUUCUCUCCAACUAUAAGCAAUAUUAGUUUUUUUGUUUGUUUUCUGUUUGUUUGUGCGAUCGUAAUACUUUCUGGCGUGGCUUUCGGCCGUCAGCCGUCAGCAUCAAAGUGCGGGGAAGAAAAAAACAAAGCGCGUACUUAGCAAAAGGAAAGAGAAACACACUAAUCACAAUCGUCAUCCACACCGCUGGCACACCCUCGUGUUAGUUGCCUUUUUUUUUUUUUUGCUCGGCUUUUGUUAAAUAUUGUUUCGUUUAUGUAUUCUUAUUUUGUUUCUUCUGUUCUGCUUUUAUUUGUCUUGCGUUAUUUGCUUGGUGGAUGUGGCUCUCCUAAUUUUAAAUGUUACACAAAAAAAACAAGAAUCGUUGAUGUGGGGACGGACGGACGAAUUUAGUGUAGUAGCAAAAAAAGAAAGAAAGCAUUAUUAUAACCUGUAGACAAUUUUUUAGCUCCUUUUUUCUUUUUUUCCUGCAAACUCUGUUAUUUGAAUUAAAAAAAAAAAACAACAACAAGCGUUGCAUUUGCUUAGCAAACAAAAAUCACUUAUAAUAUAUUUAAAAAAAAAUGAAGAAGAAAAAGAGAUAGACAAAAGG